GCGGGCCUCCUCCCGCGGGAUGGAGCCGCAGGCCCGGGACCCUCCGGGACUCGCCAGGUGGAAGCUGCUCCGGCAGGUUCUGAAGCAGAAACGCCUGGACGAUCACCUGCGACACGUGUCCAUCAGAAGAUUUGAGUCGUUUAACCUGUUCUCAGUGACUGAAGCCGAGAAAAGCAAAGCAGAGGAGGAGGCUGGGGUCUGGCUUCGAUACACGAGUGUCUUUCAGCCUGAAUACAGUGUCGUUCUGAGACACAACCAGGGAUCCUUAAACGUCCAAGAUAUCCUGACCAGCUUUGACAACACAGGAAAUGUCUGCAUCUGGCCUUCUGAAGAGGUCCUGGCUUACUACUGCCUCCAGCACCGUCAUACGUUCAGGGGCCUGGCGGUGUGCGAGCUGGGGGGCGGCCUGACGUGCCUGGCCGGGCUCAUGGUGGCCAUUUCGGCAGAUGCCAGAGAAGUCCUGUUAACUGAUGGGAAUGAAAAGGCCAUCCAAAACGUGACUGACAUCAUCACCAGGAACCAAAGAAUGGGAGUCGUCAAGGCCCGUGCCAUCUCCAGUCGCAUUUUGCGAUGGGAUAAUGAGACAGAUGUCUCUCAACUGGAAGGACAUUUUGACAUUGUUAUGUGUGCUGACUGCCUGUUUCGGGACCAGAGUCGGGCUUCCCUUGCUGUUGCAAUAAGGAGAUUACUGCAGCCUGGGGGACGAGCCUUCGUGCUGGCGCCGCGCCGAGGGGACACCCUGGACCAGUUCUGUGGCCUGGCCGAGAAGGUCGGCCUGAUCCUGCAAAGACAUGAGAACUACGACCCGCAUAUCUCCACUGUCCAUGCCGAGCUGAAGGCCGGAUGCCGGGGCAUCUACGAGGAAAACCUCCACUAUCCACUUCUCUUGCUUUUAACCAAGCCGGAUUAGGGACACCAAAGAGCGAGAGGAGGUCCGAGAAGAGCACAUUUAGGCCCUGACUAUGAAUGAAAAGAGAUUUUAUCCGGCCUAAAAUCGAGCCUCAACUGCUCUCCAGCCCCGUGACCACCAGCCCCCAGCCCAAGAAAUUCUCAGCAACCGGGGACUCCACCGCAUUGCAGAGAAAGGAUUUUAUAACCCCGGUCGUGCGAUGAUCUCAUUGAAAUCGAGAGAAUCCAGUUGUUCACGGCGACUCGAGUGCAAAGCCAGCACCUGACAGGGCCGGCAAGGGCGGCCAAAGCAGGUUUCUCUCUGCACAUUCUUCGGCAGAAUGACAUCCCGCUCCCCGGUCUUGCCACGUUCCCGGAAUACUCAAUGCAUUUAGUGUGAUCCCGGACAUGGUGCUGCACUUGGCUUUGUGACCAAGACAGCUAUGAGGCCAGGAGCAUCUCGCUCUCCCUGCUUCUUCACUCUGUGCCCCAUUAAACCAACUUGGCCCAAGAGAACACCCCCACUGACACCUCCCCCUCCCCACUGCUGUUUCUAUUCCUCACCCAGCAAACCCCUCACCGGUGAUCCUGCGCUUGUCCUGGUGCUGGGCUAAGAACACCUAGGUGGCUCCUGGAAGGUGGAGGUCAAGCCGCAGUUAGAGCACACAUUUCCGCCUCACAAAAACUUGAAUUGCCAUGGCAAGUGACGGGCUAACAUCACAAUAACAGUAAUUUAUUCCUCUUUGGAUAAAGCAGCAGUCGACUCUCAGCUUCAGAUAAAGACCAGAGGCCAUUUAGCUCAAUGGUUCAGUAAGGGCAGCUUAUUUCUGAGCCGGUUUUAGGGAUUCUGCCCCGAAUUAAUAUUUUCCCCUGUAAAAAUCAGAAUUGGGUGGUGGAGUAGGAAGGUUUACUGCCAAAACCUAGGGAGAAAGAGCACAAGCAAUAUUUCCACACUGAGUCACAGUGCAAGUCUGACACAGACAAAGGAAAGCCACCAAGCCUGUGGGGAAGGGGCUUCUCUCCCACUUCCAUCCAAUAGUUUGGUUGGGAGACCAGAGCUCAUCCCCACAUCCCCUGCACAGGGAAAUCCAGGAGCUGGCAGGACCUGAGUCUGAAUGCAUGCCUGGCAGCCAACAAAAUGCACAUCUCUCUCUCUCUGGGAAGACAGGGUCUCCAGAUGAGGGGCCAGCAGCCAUCUGGCCAAUGUCUUUUACCCUGGGUGCAGGACCACAGGAGCCUGCCAGGAAGGUGGGUAGCCUGGGCCUCCCUGGACGGCCCUAGCCAGUGGGUUGAAUCUUAUCGGCAAAAGUAUCUGUAUCGGGUGCCAAGUAAAAUCCUGAUGGAAUU